UUGUGUGGGAGCGAAUUCGGCUCCUCUCUAAAUACAAAAAAGAAGAACCGAAUGUGUUGUGUGAAUCAGGACAUUUUAAAUGCAAGAAGGGCAAGAUAUGUAGCAAAUCAAGUAGUCGUGCAUUGGUGUUGCACGGUAGACUUAAUAAGUGGAUAGGCGGACAGACAGCAGGCUGAUUGUCCCGUUUGCGCUCUUGAUUUAUGUGGACUAUCGUACUUUUCCCAGAGGACGAGUUGGAACUAAAUACGGAAUUUCAUUCUGAUUGAUCAGCAACUGAUCUCUUUUGCCUUUUCUGAUGUGGGUGAGGUGUUAUUGAAAUGGACUUGGACCCCUUGGCGUGAUUUCAGGUAUUAUUGGAGUUUGUAGGGUAUGUUAUCUAGAUUUCGAUCUCAAAAUUUACUAUUUGAGCAAGGCCAUUGAACUGAUCCGAUGAAGUUAUUCCGGUCGGCUUUUCGAUUAAACGAAUCAUUCGGCGCAUUCCAAACCUCACUUUUGACAUGACGUUGACCAUUCUUUUGAACGAUGUGUUCAAAUUGAGUGUGGGUGAAUAUUCCAUACAAUUAUUUUAGCUUUGUAGCGGAUUGACUCUAAACAACUAGUGGACCCGAAACCUCAAGUGUCGUGUCUAUGAACGGAUUUAUUCCCUUUAUUUUGAAUUUAUUGCAGUUUUUACCCUUUUGCACAGUCUACUGGUGGCAAACUGAAAACCACACGUCUGCUGCUCCUAUUUUCGUGUUCCCAAAUCGUUGCGCGCAGCAGACGUUCUUUUUUUCUCUCUCCGGACAAUAAUCAUCCCGCUUUCUCUCUACGUACGAUGUAUGAGAGUGUGGACGUCGUGGGACUGAAUCCCAGCCCGAACCCGUUUUUAAUGAUGGAUUACUACAACCAGAGCAGAGGAUGUUUGAUCCCAGAGAAAGGACUUGUGCACGGAGCGCCCCAUCACUACAGCACGUCCAUCAGAAACCAACACUGGAACGGCUCGAAUCACUCGAUAGAGACACAGAGUACCAGCUCAGAGGAGAUAGUGCCAAGCCCGCCGUCGCCCCCUCCUCCCCCGAGGGUCUACAAGCCCUGCUUCGUGUGCCAGGACAAAUCCUCAGGAUACCACUAUGGAGUCAGUGCCUGCGAAGGCUGCAAGGGCUUCUUUCGGAGGAGCAUCCAGAAGAGCAUGGUGUAUACGUGUCACCGGGAGAAGAACUGCAUCAUCAACAAGGUCACCAGGAACCGCUGCCAGUACUGCCGGCUGCAGAAGUGCUUGGAAGUGGGCAUGUCCAAGGAGUCGGUGAGGAAUGACCGGAACAAGAAGAAGAAGGAUGAGAAGAAGCAGGAGUGCCCGGAGAGCUACGUGCUGAGCAUUGAGACGGAGCAGAUGAUUAACAGGGUCAGCAAGGCGCAUAAGGAGACCUUCCCUUCGCUCUGCCAGCUGGGCAAAUACACCACGAGUAACAGCUCGGAGCGGCGCGUGGCUCUGGACGUGGACCUGUGGGACAAGUUCAGUGAGCUGUCCACCAAGUGUAUCAUCAAGACGGUGGAGUUCGCCAAGCAGCUUCCUGGCUUCACCACGCUCACCAUCGCUGACCAGAUCACCCUGCUCAAGGCCGCCUGUCUGGACAUACUGAUUCUGCGGAUCUGCACGCGCUACACGCCGGAGCAGGACACCAUGACGUUCUCGGAUGGCCUGACGCUAAACCGGACCCAGAUGCACAAUGCCGGCUUCGGACCUCUCACCGACCUGGUGUUCGCCUUCGCCAACCAGCUCCUCCCCCUGGAGAUGGAUGAUGCUGAGACGGGACUGCUCAGCGCCAUCUGUCUGCUGUGUGGAGAUCGGCAGGACCUGGAGCAGGCAGACAAGGUGGACGUACUACAGGAGCCCCUACUGGAGGCUCUGAAGAUCUACGUGAGGAAGAGGAGGCCUCACAAACCGCACAUGUUCCCCAAGAUGCUGAUGAAGAUCACCGACCUGAGGAGCAUUAGCGCCAAAGGAGCCGAGCGUGUCAUCACCCUGAAGAUGGAGAUCCCGGGCUCCAUGCCCCCUCUCAUCCAGGAGAUGCUGGAGAACUCUGAGGGUCUGGAGAGCGGGGCCGCGGGCACCCGGACCAGCGGAGCCCCCCCGGGCAGCUGCAGCCCCAGCCUGUCCCCCAGCUCCGCCCAAAGCAGCCCCAGCCCCACCACACAGUCGCCGUAGCAAGCCCUCCUUUUUCCUCAUUCACUUCAAUCUCCCUGUGGGUUUGGGGGUGUCCUCGCUGGACACAGAGACCGGCGUGCUCUUAAGUGUUCCUCCCCCCCGCGUGACACACCCUCUCCUGCUCCUCCCCCUCAAAGACACUGUCUGGAAAAGGUGGCGGCGGGAUUUCUCUGAAUGACCAUACUGGAACACUGCUGACAUCUCCCCCACGCCCCUCUCUCCCCACCUCUGCCUGAAAGACUGAGGGCAAGAACUGGAAGGAGCCGUCCGAGUUGUGAACACUGGUCCACUCAGGGAGGCUGGCGGGAAAUGGGGACAGACAAACGGACAGGACAAACAGCGAGACUAACACCAGACACCUUUUUUGCGUUUCUCAGAGGAGGACUGCAGGCAUGGACUUGUCAAAGAAGACCACACAAAAAGACUGGGUCUUUCUACUUUUCCAACUUGGAAAAAACAGAUUUCGUACAAAAGAUAUAUAAAUAUAUAUAGAAAAGUAAGGAACUAUUGUGAUUGACUUGUACAUGAUGGAGUAACAGGUUAGACAAGGUUAUAAUUGUUGUUGAUUUAAAUGCUCUUAUGUUCCUCCACUGUUUUAAUCGUUUCAUACUCAUGAGAGUAUCAAAAGAGAACUGUUCCGUUGUUUUAUCACAUACCCAAUGUUCUAAUUAACAAAAGUCAAGAAGUUGAAAUAGCUUUUUCAAUUCACAGACACGACACAGACAUGCACAGAAAAGAGUUCCGAGAAAUGUCGCACACUAUUCCGGGUCGGGUUUGUUUUUCCUCUUUGUUGUUGCCGCAAUGAGAAUGGAAGAAAAAAAAUGAUUGUAUGAACUUGGUUGUAUGUUAUGGUCCCAGGUCCUUCAAGAUAUCAGAUUAAUGAAGAUUCUUUAUUUUAAGUUGCCUUUGAGUUCAUGUAUAUAAGCUGUAUUCAUUUCUUUAAACUGAAAAGUUUAGCCUUAACCUGAUUUUUUUUUAAACUAAAAAAAUGAAUACCUUUCGUGUUUUGUUCAUAGAUUUCUGUUUCAAGAAAAAGAAAAAUAAAUGAGCACUUUUUACUGAA